UAUAUAAAUGCAUAAGCGAUCUGGUGGGACGGCCCCGGAGCCGGUGCGCACGAGCGGAAGGCUGAAGGGUCGAACGACGCCGUACGGGCGGGGCAUAUACUACUACACCACAAGCACUUCCAGGAAGAUCAUCCAAAAGCGGAGAAACCGGAAGAACAAGACCAAGACCCGAACCGCCGCUUCCCAUAUCGCUAAGAUAAUGCGCCAUGGCGGCACUCCUCGUCCCCAAAGAUCCACCACUCCUCUCCCCUCCAGCAACCUCAAUGCAGAUGCAUCCAACCUCCGGCGCUCCACAAGAAAGAGAACGCUGUCAAUAAGGAACCGGGGCGACUACAUAACAGACGACAGUUCUGGAAGUGAGCAGGAUGAAGAUAUAAUGAAAGUCAGGGGUAAAUCGAUCAAGAAUAAGGUUGAUAAUAGUUCGUUUAAAGAUGAGUUGCCAUCUCCCAAGCACAAAAAGAUGGUGGAGACUAGACAUACACCUCGUCGUGAAGGAUUGCGCCCUCGACGGUUCAAUUCCGCUAGAGAACAAUUGCAUUUGCAGUUUGAUGAUGAGCCGGGUACUUCAGAUGAGAAGAUUGAUCAAGAUGAAACCGAAAAUGGGAAUGACAUUGAAUACAAUGAUGCAGAUGAUGCUCAAAAUGAAGCUGAUGGUGAGGAUGUUGGUGAUGGUGAUGGUGAUGGUGAUGGUGAGGGUGAUGAUGAUGGUGAUGGUGAUGGUGAUGAAGACGGUGAUGAUGAGGAGGGUGAUGAAGAACAAGAUGGACGAAGACGAUAUGAUCUUCGAAAUCGUGAAGAUGUCCGUAAGCUGAGACCAAGAUCUCCUCGUAGAGUAUUGCGUCAAGGAAUGGGGACAAAGGUCGGUAGGGAUGUGAGAAAGGGUGGAUCACGAGUUCAUAAGCGCCAUCGUAUGACAAGGACAGAUGAUUCUGAUGACUCCCUUCUUGUCGACGAGCUAGACCAAGGACCUGCAAUUCCCUGGGCCCGAGGUGGGAGCAGAUCUGGACCACCUUGGCUCUUUGGAGGAUUAGACAUGCAUGGAACAACAGCAUGGGGAUUGAAUGUUGCUGCUUCAGGUUGGGGUCAUCAGGGUGAUGCUUUUGCCACCUUAACAUCUGGAAUUCAAACUGCUGGGCCAAGUUCAAAGGGAGGGGCAGACAUACAACCUUUGCAGGUUGAUGAUAGUGUGAGUUUUGAUGAUAUAGGUGGGCUUUCUGAAUAUAUUGAUGCUUUGAAGGAAAUGGUUUUCUUUCCUCUGUUAUAUCCAGAUUUCUUUGCAAGUUAUCAUAUCACCCCACCAAGGGGGGUUUUGUUAUGUGGUCCUCCUGGGACUGGGAAAACAUUAAUUGCCAGAGCGUUAGCCUGUGCUGCAUCAAAGGCUGGCCAGAAGGUCAGCUUUUACAUGCGGAAGGGUGCAGAUGUGCUAAGUAAAUGGGUGGGUGAGGCUGAAAGACAAUUAAAACUACUUUUUGAGGAAGCACAAAGAAAUCAACCUUCGAUCAUAUUCUUUGAUGAAAUAGACGGACUUGCUCCUGUAAGGUCCAGCAAACAAGAGCAAAUUCACAAUUCUAUUGUCUCAACUUUGCUUGCUUUGAUGGAUGGUCUUGAUUCCCGUGGCCAAGUCGUUUUGAUUGGAGCAACCAACCGGAUCGAUGCAAUUGAUGGAGCUCUGCGGCGCCCUGGUAGGUUUGACCGCGAAUUCAACUUUCCUUUGCCUGGCUGUGAAGCACGUGCUGAAAUUUUAGACAUUCAUACUCGGAAAUGGAGGAAUCCUCCUUCAAAGGAGCUAAAAUUGGAACUUGCAGCUAGUUGUGUUGGAUAUUGUGGUGCUGAUUUAAAGGCUCUUUGCACUGAAGCUGCCAUUCGUGCUUUCCGAGAAAAAUAUCCUCAAGUUUACACAAGUGAUGAUAAGUUUGUAAUCGAUGUUGAUUCAGUAAACGUUGAGAAGUAUCACUUUGUUGAAGCCAUGUCAACAAUUACUCCAGCUGCUCACAGAGGUGCUGUUGUGCACUCCAGGCCAUUGUCUUCAGUAGUAGCACCAUGCCUGCAAAGGCAUCUCCAAAAAGCCAUGAAGUAUAUAUCCGAUAUUUUCCCACCUCUUGCAGUUUCAUCACAGUUGACCAAGCUUUCCAUGCUCUCCUCUGGCUCUGCAAUUCCUCUUGUCUAUAGGCCUCGGCUUCUGCUAUGUGGUGGUGAAGGUUCUGGCCUGGAUCAUCUUGGGCCUGCUGUUUUACAUGAACUUGAGAAAUUCCCUGUUCAUUCUUUGGGACUUCCGUCUCUUCUAUCUGAUCCCAGUGCAAAGACACCAGAGGAGGCACUGGUACAUAUAUUUGGUGAGGCAAGGAGAACAACUCCAUCAAUUCUCUAUUUGCCUCAGCUCAAUCUUUGGUGGGAGACAGCACAUGAGCAGCUCCGAGCUGUUUUGCUGUCGUUGUUAGAAGAAUUUCCGUCUGACUUGCCAAUAUUACUUCUUGCAACAUCAUCAGUGCUACCUGCUGAAGUUGACACUGCAGCUUCUUCAAUAUUUUCUGAUCGUUCUAUCUAUCAGUUGGGCAAACCAUCUACUGAAGACAGAUAUUUGUUUUUUGACUGUCUCAUCGAAGCUGCUUUAUCAGUGUUGUUAGAGGAGAUAACAAAAAAAUCCCAGGAAUCAGUAUCUGUUCCAGAACUUCCCAAGGCCCCAAAAGUGGCAAGUGGUCCGAAGGUCUCGGAGUUAAAAGCCAAGGUAGAAGCUGAGCAGCAUGCUCUUCGCCGAUUGCGGAUGUGCCUCAGAGAUGUUUGCAACCGGCUUUUAUAUGAUAAGAGGUUUAAUGCUUUCCAUUAUCCUGUCUCGGAUGAGGAUGCUCCAAACUAUCGCUCAAUUAUUCAGAACCCUAUGGAUGUGGCUAAGCUGCUGCAGUGCGUGGACUCUGGGCAGUACAUUACAUGUUCUGCAUUCCUGCAAGAUGUUGAUCUUAUUGUUUCCAACGCAAAGGCUUAUAAUGGAGAUGAUUACAAUGGUGCUAGGAUUGUCAGCAGAGCUUUUGAGCUUCGGGAUGCAGUACAUGGUAUGUUGUCACAAAUGGACCCUGCACUUGUUGUAUAUUGUGACAAGAUUGCAGCUCAAGGUGGUCCAGAACAUAUUCCCGAUGAUUUAGGGGUAUCUACUUUCCCCUCUGUACCUGUUGUGCAGCUGGGAACUGUCACCAGGGCAAGUGCUCGACUUCGUAAUGUCCAGGUGGAUGUAAAUCUGGAUCCAAGCCAUGAGUCUCAGAAACGGCCGAAGAAGCAUGUUGAGCCUGCACAUGCAGGUUCGACUCCAGAAGACAAGUCAGAGCAUCAAGAUUCAACACCGUUGAAGACAUCUCAGGAACCUGAGACGAAUGACACAAAUCCUGAAGUCCCAGAGUCCUCUUCUGCUGGUGGCAAUCAGCUUGAGACCCCUGUAGAAGUUUCCGGCCAUGCUGAUAUGAUUGGAUCCCAAGACACCAUCAUGAAAGAUGGUGAGGUCACAAACCAAAUAGAGUCAGUCAGGCGGCUUUUUGUUGAAAGGACUGCAAACUAUGACAUUCCGCAACUCGAAAGGCUGUACACAAGAAUUAUGAAGGCCAUUUUUGACAUCAAGCACAAAGGUGACAUAGAUGGCACCAAGCCUUCAAUUUUGAGGUACUUACUGAAAUAUGCAGAGGAUGAAGCAAAUUUCUGACUUCUAAACAACAAAGGAAAUUCUUUAGUCAGAUGUAAAGUCGGGAUUUUUUUUUUUUUUUCAUUGCAAAUUUAUUGAGUGAGAGCUCUCUCUCUCUCUCUCUCUCUCUCU